CGUCUGCCUCCCUGACCGCCACACACACACCUUCGCCUGCCUCAGUUCACGAUGGAAGGCAAAAGAAGAGGGAGACGCAACGAACUCAAAUAAUUUCAGCCAAGUGUGAAAAAAAAACUAUAUUUGUAAAGAAAGAAAAAAGAAGUGACUGAGAAUUUGAAACGAAAGAUAAAUAAGAGGAAAAAAAAACAGGAACUCACAAACAAGAAACCAACAAUAAAAAAAAAGAACAGAAAAAAGAAAGAUAGAGAGAAUAAAAUAAUAAGAAAAGACGGAAAGAAAGAAUAAAAGAACAGGAAAAACAGAGGAAGAUAAAUAAGAAAACACCCAAAAUUUACGACACAUAAACUUGAAAAAUAAAAACAAACAAAACACAAACAGGAAAAAAACACGAGAGAUAAGUUGAAUAAAGUGACGAAGAAAGAGGAAAAGAAAAAAAAAGUGCUCAACUCGACACCACCACCACAACCACCACCACAACCACAACCACCUUCGCAGCAUCCCUCCACCCGGCCCAUUCUUCUCUCCCUUUCCCUCCCUUUCCCUCCCUUUCUCUCCCUUUCCUCCCUUCCUCCCUCCAAGGCUCCUGGGGUGAGGUUGGGCGUGAUGGAGAGGUGGGCGUCUCCUCCCACCCUCCUCCUCCUCCACCUCCUCCUCCUCCUCCACCCGCACUCCUCCACCCUCGGCGAGUCUCUGCAGUGUGGAGAGGAGAUUUUCGUGAAGAGAGGAGAGAAAACUGUCUUGAGGUUCUGGAGUACUGAGGAUGAGGAGCUACGUGUCCAGGCCUUGCCCCAGGGAGGAGGAGGAGGAGGAGGAGGAGGAGGAGGAGGAGGAGGAGGAGGAGAGGUUUUCGUGCCUGUUACACAAGCUGUUGAUCCUAACCGUUUGAGGAUUGAUCUUAGCACUGAGGAUAAGAAGGAAGAAGAGGAGGAGGAGGAGGUGAAGAAGAAGGUGGAAGAGGUGCAGAGGAAGGAAGAGGAGAAGAAUGUUGUGCAGGAGGGUUAUCACUUUGGGUCUCGUCUUCCUCCUCCUCCUCCUCCUCCUCCUUCUUCUUCGUCUUCCAAUUCCUUCGCCUCCCAAGAUAGCAGUGGUGGUGAUGCUGGUGGUGGUGAUGCUGGUGGUGGUGAUGCUGGUGGUGGUGAUGCUGGUGGUGGUGAUGCUGGUGGUGGUGAUGCUGGUGGUGAGAGUAUCGUAACCUCACCACCAGAGCUACAAGACACCACCACCACCUCUAGAACCUCCACCUCCACCCCCCCUGCAACCACCACCUCAACCACCACUACCACCACUACGACCUCCACCACACCACCACCACUAAGGACGGAGGAGGAGGAGAUUAGUACGACUCUAGACCCCCAAAAGUCGUCCCUGGGAACUAUACGACUUACCACCACGACCACCACCACACCACCACCACUAAGGACGGAGGAGGAGGAGGAGAUUAGCACGACUCUAGGCCCCCAAAAGUCGUCCCUGGGAACUAUACGACUCACCAGCACGACCACCACGACCACCACCUCACCACCACAGGACACAGACUCACCCAUCCAGCCUCAACACGACUCACAGCUCAACGACAUUCCAGACUCCACGACUUUGUAUCCAAGCGUGGCACAGACGACCCUCAUAGACGACCAGACAACAGAGAGCGUCCCCACAGACAUUCAAGUUUCCAGAGACGAAUCAGCCACAGAACUUCCAGAGGGCACCACAGAUUUCCCAGGAACUUUGACCACCACAGAAAUCCGUGACACAGUGGAUGCUGCGGCCACAGAAUCAGUCUAUAUCACCAACGAGGAAGCGGACACAGCAACCACAGAAAGUUCCUAUGUCAACAGAAAGACUGAUGCACAGACUACAGACUCCCCCACUGACACAGGCACAGACUCAGCCACAGACUCCAGGCUACGGCUUGAUUUGGGGGCUACAGAGGCGGCUACAGAGACUACAGUUUCUUACACAACAGAAGGAGUCACAGAGUUCUUAGAGGAAACCAUCCCGACCAAUGAGAGCCCAGCAGAAGGAACCCAAAGACUCGCCACCACAGAAGGGACGACAGAAACCACGACAGAGCCCACAGGAGGAGCAGAAGAGACCAGAACAGAGAACAUUGGAGACGUUGAUGGCUACGGAACAGAUGCAACAGAAAAGGGAGUAGGAGAAACGGAAGUAACAACGGGAAUAUAUGAACUAAGAACGGAGGCAACAGAGAGAGUGAGAGAAGGAGAGAUUACAACAGAAGCUAUCGGGGCAUUAACAAACCCCACAGAAAGGAUUGAAGAGAGGAUCAAACCCACAGAAACAGGAGGAGGAGGAAGAGAAGGGGAAGAAGGGGAAGCAGGCACAGAGCAAUUCCCACCACCAACAUCCUCACCUCCACCACCAGGAGCACAAAACAAAGAGAACGAGGCAGAACAAAGCCCAACAGAACGAGACCCGGAGGCCACAGGAGCAGCCACGGCCGGCAUCGAUGUGACAACCGAGGGAGUGACCGACGCACACACGCUGGUCAACACGCUAACGGGAGGCGGCGAAGGGGAGGGCCAACAACAAGGACCGGGCAUGGAACGGGCUGACUUGGGGGCUGUUAACGGGGCACUGGAUACCACCACCAUCGACCCCACCACCACCGCCCCAAGCACCACCACCACCACCGCCGCCACCACUGCUAAACGUGACCCUCCUGCCUCAGUUCACGGUGCCGUUGCGAGUAACGUGAGUGAGGACGUUGAAACCACGACGUCGCCUUCUAUACGACAGGGCAGUGAGGCAGACACGACUAUUGCUGCAGCUACCACUACUACUACGACUACUGCUGCUGCCACGACUACUGCUGAGGCUACUACUACUAUUGCCACUACUGCUGCUGUUACUGAUAUUACUUCUACUGCUGCUACUGCUACCACUACUGCUACUCCUGAUACUACUACUCCCAGUCCAACUACUACCUCUACUACAACGGAGUCAGCAGGAAUUAGGGUGGCAGCAGAGGAGACAACUAAAGGAGAGGGACUAUCCACUACUACUACUACUACUACUACUACUACUGCUACUCCUACUACUACUACUACUACUACAACCAUUCCUUCCACCACUACUGCUACUGCCACUACCACAACCAAAAAAACAAGUGGCUCAACAACCGACAUCUUCGCCAGUAUCAUCGACGCCCUCACUGUGGCUCUCGAAAGCGACAUGAAGGACGAACCCAAACAGAAAGGCGUCGGGGAAGGAGACGUUUCUUUGGCCUCGAAACCACAAGAAGGGCCCGAGAACGCGGCAGCAGGAGGAGCUCAAAGAAGAGAGGACGAGGGGAUGAAGAUUUACGAGACGGGUCCUAGCGUAUUGUAUUAUCCGAGGAAGGAGACGAAGGAGACGCAGAGGAAGGCGCAAGAGUCACAAAACCAGACUCAAACAGAAGACGGCGAGGGCGAAGAAGGGGAGACUACGACCCUCACAACGACCUUACACGAUUCGUCACCAAACGGAAACCAACCGAACAUAGCAGACGAGGACGACUUCAAGGGCUACGACUACUACGAGGACUUAGUUGACUCCCUGGUGGCCCAAGAACGACCUUACCUCAACCGCAACUCCUCCACCACCGCCGCCCCUACCACCCUCACUCCCAACCGCUUCCUCUACCCCGGCCUGGAACUGGAAGGGGUAAAAGAGGGACAAGAGGGCCAAGGAGGUGAUUUAAGGCAUGAGGUAGUUGAGGAUUCGUUAUACUAUAGCGCGGGAAGUGACUCCAUCAUCCCCUCCACCACAACGACCACCCCCGAUGUCGUUCCCACAGUUCUCAACGACACGAACGACCGCCCGUCUGAGCUCUCCGUGAUGGAUCUGCUGAGUGGACCGAGAGCCCCCGGGGUCGUAGGAGGCGAGGGGCAGGUGGUGAUUAAGGAGCAGGGGAGCAAGGUGGCUAUAAAUGCACCGUCCCAGACCUCCACCUUAUCCACCACCUCCACAUCUUCCACCACCUCCACAUCUUCCACCACCUCCACCUCCACACAAGACUACCACGACACCACUGCCUUCCUGGACUCUUCCACGACUUCCUUUAUCACCAGCACCACCACGGCGGACUCCACCAUCACCACCCUUGGGCCGGAACGACUCUCCCACGACUCAGGUCCCAUGACAAGACACGACCUUCCAGCAGACGACGACUCACCCAGCGACGAUGACACGCAAGAACGACCACACGAGGAGGAGAGCAACUUCACCGAGAACCUGUGGUCGUACCUGCUAAACACGAACAGGAACGAGGACACGCCUAAGGACCGUCCCCCAACCGAGACCGAACUACCGGGAGCAGGACAAGCCGACCGUACCGCUGGCGAGACGGAACAUGAGCUCACCACAACAAUAAAACCCUUCCGUGAUGGAGAUGCGUCCCCUUCCACCACCACAACCACCCCCAUCACCACCACAACCACCCCCAUCACCACCACCACCACCGAAUCCGAGAUGGCGACGAUCCUCAUUCCGUUUUCCUUCGUUAAAUACCUUGGUCAGGACGACAAGCCACACGCGUCCUUGGGGCAAGAUGGUACUACGGGAGGACUGGAAGGCGCAGCAGAAGGAGAAUCAGUUAAAAUCGAGAACAGUGAAGGGGGAACAGCGUACAGCGAAGACCAAACCUUUGAUAAUGACGAUACAGCAACAGAUAACGAAGAGGGAAGCGUAUUCAGCGAAGAUAGACUAGAUCAUAACGGAGCGGAAGUGGUGUUUGUUGAGGAUUACACCGCGAAUAAAGAAUACGAAGCUGAUUAUGACGACAACAAGGAAACCCAUAAUGAAGACGUCAAAUACAAUGGAGAAGAAGAAGCCGUGUAUAAGGACAAGGUCGCUUAUAAUGAGGGAGGAAAUGCAUACAAUGAGGAAAAGACUGAAUACGGAGAAGACGCAGCGACGCACGGUUAUAACGAACCAGGAUACGACGCUAACGACCCCGCGUAUAGUGAAGACAAGGGCGUGCGUGACGGAGGAGUGGACGAAGACGACGUACCGAGUGUGAUAAGUGACGUCAAGUUGAUCAAUGAAGGAAAUGAAGCACACCCGGAAUAUUACGAAAGGGACCCGAACUACAGCGAAAGGAAUCCUGGUUAUAGUGAAGUGAUCCCGGAUAUCAGCGAAGGUUACCCGGAUCAUAGCGAAAGAGGUCCGGAAUACAGCGAAACAGACCCGGGUUAUAGUGAAGGGAACCCGGAUAUCAGCGAAGGGAGCCCAGAUUAUAGCGAAAGAGAUCCCGGUUACACUGAAGAGAACCCGGGAUACAGCGAACGUCAUCCGGGUUAUAACGAAGGAGACCUACACAGAACCCGGGAUACAGCGAACGUCAUCCGGGUUAUAACGAAGGAGACCUACACUAUAGCGAAAGAGACCCGGAUCACAGCGAAGAAGACCCAGACUACAGCGAAAGAAAUCCGGGUUAUAGCGAAGGGGACCCGGAAUACAGCAAACCAGAACCGGGUUACAAAGAAAGAGACCCAGAAUGCAGCGAAGGAGACUCGGGUUACAGUGAAGGGAACCCGGAACACAUCGACAGAACGGACACGGGCAACACAAGUAACCCAGUGA